GUCUUGGUGGCUGUCCUGUCUUCAGGGACCUUCUCCAGCUGCACAUUCAAACAAAGCUCUCUCAGGCGACCACACACCUGCUCACCGAGGAUCAUUUGUCGGCCUGUUCUGUGUUAACCUCGCUCUCAGUCGUCGGGAGCCGCCCGGGGCGUCGACCGGCCAACAAGCAGCAGCAUCCAUUCAUCCUUUCAGGGGCAGCUGAGCUUUUCCAGGCGAGCUAGCUAGCGUUAGCCGAGCGAGCGGCAGGGGACAGCGGUGCUAAAAUGUCGGGUUACCAAGGAAAGAAGAACAUCCCAAGAAUCACAAGCGAUCGUCUCCUCAUCAAAGGAGCAAAGAUCGUGAACGAUGACCAAUCCUUCUUGGCUGACAUCUACAUGGAAGAUGGAGUCAUCAAGCAAAUCGGAGACAACCUCAUUGUUCCUGGGGGAGUUAAGAUCAUAGAGGCUCAUGGGAAAAUGGUGAUUCCUGGGGGAAUUGACGUGCACACCCGGUUCCAGAUGCCCGACCGAGGCAUGGUGGCGGCAGAUGACUUCUACCAGGGCACCCGGGCGGCCCUGGCUGGGGGAACGACCAUGAUCGUCGACCAUGUGUUGCCGGAGCCUGGCGUCAGUCUGGUUGCUGCCUUCAAGCAGUGGAGGGAGUGGGCUGACAGCAAGUCCUGCUGUGACUACUCUCUGCAUGUGGACAUCACUGACUGGAACAAGGGCACUCAGGAGGACAUGGAGGCCCUGGUGAAGGAUCAUGGUGUCAACUCUUUCCUGGUCUAUUUGGCCUAUAAGGAUGUCUUCCAACUUUCUGACUCUCAGAUCUACGAGGUGUUCAGUGUCAUCAGGGAUCUCGGAGCCAUUGCACAGGUGCAUGCUGAGAACGGAGACAUCAUUGCAGAGGAGCAGCGUCGUAUUUUGGAUCUGGGGAUCACUGGCCCUGAAGGUCACGUGCUCAGCCGCCCAGAGGAGGUGGAGGCCGAGGCAGUCAAUCGCUCUGUCACCAUAGCCAAUCAGACCAACUGCCCCCUCUACAUCACCAAGGUGAUGAGCAAGAGCGCCGCUGAUGUUAUUGCUCUCGCCAGGAAGAGGGGUGCGGUGGUUUAUGGAGAGCCCAUAUCUGCCAGUUUGGGCACAGAUGGUAGCCAUUACUGGAGCAAGAACUGGGCCAAGGCAGCAACCUAUGUCACCUCUCCACCACUCAGCCCUGAUCCCACCACCCCCGACUACCUCAACUCCUUGUUAUCAUGUGGGGACUUGCAGGUGACUGGCAGUGCUCACUGCACUUUCCAGACUUCUCAGCGUGCAGUAGGAAAAGAUGACUUCACCCUGAUCCCCGAGGGCACCAACGGCACAGAGGAGAGGAUGUCCCUAAUCUGGGACAAAUGUGUGGUGACUGGCAAGAUGGAUGAGAACCAGUUUGUGGCAGUGACCAGCACAAACGCAGCUAAGAUCUUCAACCUGUACCCCCGCAAGGGCCACAUCGCUGUGGGGUCUGAUGCUGACCUCGUGCUGUGGGACCCAGAUGUCACCAAGAUCAUCUCAGCUAAGAAUCAUAACUCGGCUGUGGAGUACAACAUCUUCGAGGGCACAGAGCUGCGUGGAGGUCCGUCUGUGGUGAUCAGCCAGGGCAAGAUUGUGUUGGAGGAGGGCAACCUUCACACCACUGAAGGCUGUGGGCGCUACAUCAGCCGCAAACCUUUCCCUGACAACGUGUACAAGAGGAUAAAGGCUCGCAGCAGGCUCACAGAGUUGCGAGGAGUACCCAGGGGCCACUACGAUGGGCCGGUGUGCGAGGUGACACUGUCUCCCAAGGUCCUGUCCACAGUGUCCUCGGUGAAGAGCUCCCCUGCCAAGCAGCAGCAGCCGCAACAGCCCACUACUCAACAGCCGAUGCGCAACCUUCACCAGUCUGGAUUCAGCCUGUCAGGUGCCCAAGUUGACGACAACAUCCCUCGUCGCAGCACUCAGCGCAUCGUGGCUCCCCCUGGAGGAAAAGCCAACAUCACCAACCUCGGCUAAUGUCCUCCCAGGACUGAGUGCAGGGCCACAAGGGAGAAGAGGCCACGGUCACAUGACCUCUGGUCACCUCUGACUCCUCCCCCUCUGCACUCCACCCAUAAUCACUACAUCCAUUCUUAUUCACACACUACCACCGCUUCACCUCGUUCAAAAAAAAAAGAAAAGAAAAGAAAGCAUUAUUCCAUUUUGUUUUAUCUUUCCUGCCAUAUUCCACAGUCUUCGGGGAAAGAUCCAGUGAAUAGAAACAGCUUUUUUAAAGCAUGAUUAUUGAUGGAGGUAAUUUGUUUACAUUUGUUUGCAUUUGUUGUAUAAUUUCUUGCUGUACACGUUUGAGCUGUCGAAGUUGCUCCUUAGGCUCAGAACGUUUACAAAAAACUUGACCUAAGAAGCGGUCGAUUCCACGAUCAGGCAACUUAGAAACAGUUGUUUACAGUUUCUCUUCUUGCUUUUUUCCAAGAUUUGAACAAGAAUGGUAUCUGAAAGUAAAACCUCCACUCUCUGUGUCGUAACGUGGCUCCACUGCUGUUCAGGUAGUAAAAUGUGACAUUGUUAACACAAAAAAACCCAAAAUACUAAUGAAGGAUUAGACCCUAGAUUAUUGUUUUUACAUCUCUGACGUUUGCAGUAUGAGCUGAACGAUUCACUCUGGUCUUCCUUUUGAUGUUAUAGUUGCACUUUCUUCAUUUCUUUAUUUGGUUUAAAAUUGAUGUUUAUGUUUUUAUGAAGUUGUGUUUUUUUUUUUUUUUAGAUUAUGCUGAAUGCACUGAAAGGACAAGAAAGGGUAUUUUAGAGUUAAACCACUCAUUUAGUUUCAGCCUGAAUAUGGGAAUAGGGAGGAGAAAUGGCUGCACAUUAUAUUUUGUCAGAGAAUCAUGAAACCCUCCACCCUCACCUCAUUUUAUUGUUUUCCUCAUGUUUGUGAAAAGGUUGUCAGGGCAAGCUUCCAAUAAUCAGAGCGGCGUAUAUUGUUGAGAAUGCAGACGGGCACUAAGAUGAAGCUGGAUUUGCAGACAACCUCUCUGCACCUGGUGCUAUUAGACCAUUGCUGUAUACGUGCAGAUGAUGUCCGUACACACACACACACAAACAACAGUGGUGUAAGCUUUGUAAUAACAGCAGCCAGGGUACGAGCCGCCCUUUACUAGUAUUCACUGAAUUUGUCUUUGCACUAAAUGGUAAACCUAUAUGUGAGCUUGCAACUUUUUGGUUUGUGUUUGGAUAUUUGUUGAGUUGAACUCCUUGCUUGCCUCCUCUGUAAGAUAUUGACAGCACACUGUAUCUAUGAAGGCCUCUUUAAGGAAGUGGAACGGCGAUCUUUCGAGACCUGAUGAAAAAUGCUCCAGUAUGUGUAUGAAAUCCCUCACAGUGUGCAGAUAGUGUGUCCACUGUUCUCGGUGUUAGUGUCGUGAAUGAAUUAUAUCCAGUUGUUCUUUCCUUACCCGCUAAGACACCAGAGCCUCUCCAGGUCGUUAACUAUAUUCACCAAAACCACGGGUCGUCAGUACUGUAAGACACUGGAUUCUCUCUUCCUCAUUGCCUUGUCAAGUGUAGGUUUUGUAUGCCAAGCUAUAAUGUGAAGUAAUUGACAUUUGGGGAAGUUUCAUGGUGAUGGUUGUUGAGUUGUAAUGUUCAGCACUGUUGUUUCCCCUCUCCCUGCAAGUGUGAUACUCCCUCAGAAGUGUAUGUUUUGUAGGUUACAAGGGUUUUGGGGGGAAAUCGUUGGUCCCGUCAGCAUUUGACCCUAUCUGUGUUGACUUCAGUGGAUUAAAAUAAUAAAAAAAAUUAAACUAA